UGCAACUUGUGUCACCACUUGUUAGUGUCUUAGUUUAACUAUAGAGUUGUUGUGUUUAUAUAUCAUCUCUAUGUAUGUGUAGGCUGAUACUUGUGUAGGAUGUCUUCAGUGAAUUUCACUGGGAAGAAUGUGGAGGAGUUUACCAUCACUGGCUUCGACCACCUCUCUCACCAGAAGCUCCUGGGCUUCCUCAUCUUCAUCACCUAUUUCCUUGUGCUUCUGGGAAGCGGCACCAACAUCUGCAUCAUUUUGACGGACAGACGGCUGCACACGCCCAUGUACCUCCUCAUCUGUAACCUGGCCGUGGUGGACAUCAUGUUCACCACCAGCACCAGCAUCACCAUGAUCUCUGUCCUACUGGCCGAGGUCAAAACCAUCUCUUACUACUCCUGCAUUUCAAGCAUGUCCAUCUACCACCUGGGUGACAUCGAAGAGUUUCUGUCCCUGUCCCUGAUGGCUUUGGACCGAACCAUCGCUAUCAGCACCCCUCUUAGGUACCACAGCAUCCUGACUAACCCACGGCUCUUCCUGUUGAUCACAGCUACCUGGCUGAUAGGGUUAGGGGUCAUGGGGGUAGUAGCAGCUCAGGUAGACAGCCUUCCAUACUGCCAGCCCAUCAUUAGAUAUGUGUUCUGUGACUAUCCUGCUAUGGUCAGAGCUGCCUGUGUCAACCCUGAACCCUAUUGGGUGCUUCCCACCAUCCUGGGUCUGUGGUUGAUUGGUGCACAGUUCAUAUUCAUUCUGCUAUCAUACGUGAAUCUGAUCUACACAGUACUGAGACUGCCAAACAACGAGAGCAGAGUGAAGGUGUUUAAUACCUGUAUUUGUCACAUCAUUGUGGUGUCCUGUUACUACGCUCCCAAGUUAGUCUCUGUGUUGUUGACGAGGAUAGGGGUGAGGCUGAAUCUGACGGAGCGUAAUGCUUUACUGAUUAUAGCCACGCUGUUACCCUCUCUGAUCAACCCAGUAGUCUACUGUCUGAAGACCAAGGAGAUUAGAAAGAGAUUGGUUCAGAUACUGUCUAGAAAAAGAACUGCAGUGAUGAAAUGAGGUCUUGAACAGUAUUUUUUUGCAACAUGGCCCAGGAUUCACUCAGAAAUUGCACAGAUGUGUGUUUAAAGAUUUUAAAGAUAAUUUCCAAUUAAGCUCACAUCAGCAGCGUUUACCUUUAAGAGUUGCUUCGUCUUCAAGAAAGAUCAGAUUGGAUUUCUGUUGAAUAUAAAAAAAUAUAUAUAUAUUUCACCUUUAUUUAACCAGGUAGGCUAGUUGAGAACACCUUUAUUUAACCAGGUAGGCUAGUUGAGAACAAGUUCUCAUUUGCAACUGCGACCUGGCCAAGAUAAAGCAUAGCAGUGUGAACAGACAACACAGAGUUACACAUGGAGUAAACAAUUAACAAGUCAAUAACACAGUAGGGGGGAAAAAGGGGAGUCUAUAUACAUUGUGUGCAAAAGGCAUGAGGAGGUAGGCGAAUAAUUACAAUUUUGCAGAUUAACACUGGAGUGAUAAAUGAUCAGAUGGUCAUGUACAGGUAGAGGUAUUGGUGUGCAAAAGAGCAGAAAAGUAAAUAAAUGAAAACAGUAUGGGGAUGAGGUAGGUAAAAAUGGGUGGGCUAUUUACCGAUAGACUAUGUACAGCUGCAGCGAUCGGUUAGCUGCUCAGAUAGCAGAUGUUUGAAGUUGGUGAGGGAGAUAAAAGUCUCCAACUUCAGCGAUUUUUGCAAUUCGUUCCAGUCACAGGCAGCAGAGAACUGGAACGAAAGGCGGCCAAAUGAGGUGUUGGCUUUAGGGAUGAUCAGUGAGAUACACCUGCUGGAGCGCAGUCCAAGAUUUAAAUAGUUCCGUCUUCUUCUGUUUGCAAUUUACAUUACUACACCUGUCUAUUGUCAUGUAUCUAUUGUAUCUAAAUGUUUUUAUUACAGUGUAUAUUCCACAUAAUUAUUUUAUUGUUGUUGCAAUGU